AUGGCGCGCGUCAUCGGCGACCUCGCCGCCGAGGCCUACUGCCUACUUCUGGGCCAGGUUCGAGAGGGCUUGGCGCGUGCACGACGGCGAGCUCGGGAACGCGCUUGCUUCUGCUACGACAGCAGUGACGGCGCGCCGCGCGACCAGAUCGUCCAUCAUGGCAGACCAGCUGGCGGGGCAGUGGUACGCGCGGGCGUGCGGGCUGGCCGAGCCCGUGGUGGAGCACGCUCGAUCUCGACGGUGCUGGACUACAACGUGAUGCGGGUGAAGGGCGGCACCGUCGGGGCGGUGAACGGAUGCACCGUGGACGCGUCCUCCACGCCGUCCAAGGAGGUGUGGCCCAGGGCGGUCACGUACGCCGUCGUGGCGGCCAUGGUCCACGAGGGCAUGACGGCGGCCGCGUUCCUGACGGCCAUGGGAACCCACGACGCUGCCUGGGCCAAGGACGGCUUCCGGUACGCGUUCUAG